AGCGCAUUCGAAUAUCGUUUGUGAUUUAAAGUUGUAGUAGAGAGUUGUGCAUCGUACUAUAAAAAAUAAAUAGUUUUAAAAAUAAAAUUGUUGUUAAAUGACUUUAAAUUAAAAAUGGCUACAGAAUCUGAUAAGUUUUUCUCUAAAGAAAUAGAAUAUUCGGAAAAAAUAAUAAAAGAUUUGUUUAAAGUUAAAAUUCCAUUUAAUUGGAAUGAGUUGAAUAGAAAAGAAAAAAGUGAACUUGUACAUCAGUGGGCUCGAAACGCAUUUCCUAAAGUACCAGAAUCCUUAAUUACAUUGACAGUAGGCUUGACAGUUGAUGGUGACUCUGGAAGAUCUAUUGAUGAAGAACCCGAGUGGUUAGAUCGAGAAAAAUUUGCGCGCGGACAAAAGUUCGCGCAAGACAAUCUGUUUGGGGUAUUUUUCUCUAUACUCUUCGCUUUGUUUGGACUCUAUUCCUUUGAAGAAAGUUUUAAUCCUUUGAUAAUAACAGGAAAGUCAUCGGAACCUUAUUCCGCAUUCAAAAGAUACUUAUCAACUGGAGCAAGGUUCAGAAAUUGGUACACUAGCGACCUCUGGACUAAAGGAACACCUGCGUACAACGACAUUAGAACAGUUCGGCGAGUUCAUGAAAUUAUACGGAACAAAGUAACCGCCAUGACUGAAGAAGAAACGAACAAAGCAACGAAAAUUAAACAUCCUUGGUCUCCAACAAGAAAUACUUUGUUGGAAGACUUUAAAUCAGCUUGCCCUGCAGCUUCACCAGGGCAGUGUCCUUUUACGAUGAAAGUUCCAGGUGUUAAUCUCAAAAAAAUGCAUCAAGGAGAGAUGGCUAUGACGCAAGGCGGGUUUGUCGGCUUAGUAGUUCUCUUCCCUGAAGCUCUGGGCAUUCAUGGCGCUACUGACAAAAACCUUGAAGACUAUUGCUAUGUUUGGAGAUGUAUAGGUUAUCUUCUCGGCAUUGAGGAUGAGUUCAAUUUCUGCCGAGGAACUUUGGAAGAAAUCAAACAACGAUCCAGAGAUUACUUAGACGCAUGGGUGAAACCUAACCUGCGUGAGUUGACUGUAGAGUGGGAACACAUGAUGAGAGUCAUGAUUGCUGGUUCUGAAAAUUAUACUGGAUCUGGUAGUUCUUUUGAAGGAAGUAUUUUUUACUUUUCUGAAUUGAUGGAUAUUGACAUGCCGCAGUUGCGCUCUUUACUCAGUUAUCGUGAUUGGAUUAAACAUUAUUUUCUAAAGUUUAUGGUACACUACGCGUUGCGAUUUUCUGCAGUAAGAAAAUUUAUGAAUGCCAAAAUGAAUACAGUUAUGGACACAGCAUUACAAUUUUCAAAUGAAAAGCAUGCCGAGUUACAAGAAAAAUCUUCAAAAUUAUUAGCUUCUGUAAGAUCUAAUAGAGUAACUGGAAAUAUUUUUACGCAGUAUAAAAUUUUUGAGCUAUCAUUUUUAUUUGUACUGCUUUUUUCUAUUUAUAAGUUUUUCAUUACAGUAUAAAAUAUAUUUUUUGUAAUAACUAGACAUAACACGCUCGCUUCGCUCACCUUCAUUCUUUCAAAAAUCCCGCCACUAUCUCAGUCGACCAAUCAACAACCGAAUAAAAUAGUCACAGAAGUGACGUAAAACGAUACGACAUCCGGCCAUCAACUUUUUAGAAGAACUUAAGGUAUUACCCUUGCGACUUCCGUCGUCAAAAGUUUAUGCUAAAGUGUACGGUACACAUACCGGAUAGUCAUUAUUGACAAGCCUAAAACUUUCUGCUGUUUAUGUACUUAUUUCAGCCAAUCACGAACGAGAAACUGAUCGUUUGAAAAAUCUGGCAACACUGCGUGAGCAUUAAGAUAUUUUAUAGUGGUUAUACUGUAGUGUUUUGGACUAGCUGUAGACUAACCUCUGUUUUGAUACAUGCGCUAAUUUAUUUAUUUACAUACAUUUAUUUGAAAAUGUAGUAACAAUGUCUGAAAAAUCGACUUAUAAAAGACGAUUCAUGAAAAAAAGUCCUUGAAAAACGACAGAAAUCUCUAGCACAUAUGG